UCUGUAUCUGAAAACAUUAAAAUUCAAUGAGCCAGUAAAGCUUUAAAUUAAUAGUAAAAUUAAUAUUAAUUUAGUCGCUAUAGUAAUUUAAAUUUAGAUUAUUAUAUAAUAUUAACCCAUUAAAGCUCACAGCUAAACUAUUAAUUUUGUAACAAAUUUUGAGUGUAUUUCCGAAAGAUAUACCUUCGAUUUUUUUGAAACUGUGCACAGAACAUAAUAUGUAUUACAUAUCUAAUGGAUAUCCUCGACAGAUAUUAGGGAUAUCCAUGAAUAUAUAGGAAAUAUCCAUUAGACAUGCUAUAAAUAUCCAGAUGUCCACAAUAUGCAAUCUAAUAAAUAUCCAUAGGAUAUGUAGAUCAAUAUCCAGUCGACAUCUAUAAAAUAUCCAGUGGAUAUCUACAUAAAUAUCCACUAGAUACUGCUAUGGAUGUCGAUUGGAUAUUGAUCUAUAUAUCCCAUGGAUAUUUACUAGAUCUUAUAUUGCGGACAUUUGGAUAUUUAUAGCAUGUCUAAUGAAUAUAUUUUAUAUAUUCAUGGAUAUCCAUUAGAUAUGUAAUACAUAUUACGUUGUGUGUGGGAGGAUGUCAUAAAAAUCAUCAAAAGUGGGUGAAGGCCCGUCAAGCAUGCUCUGAGAGGUCCUGUAGUUACCACAGAAACACCCUCGUCGCUGGGGAAGUCUAAUUUUAGACUUGUUUCUUGCACUGCGAGUGAUCCUUAUAUAGCGUGGUUGUUGCAUCUUACUUCCGAGUUGCACGCCGCUCUAUCGGCGACACCGCGCACUACUCGGCUGGCGAGUGCGCGGCGACCGAAUAUCCAAUGGAUAUCUUUAGUAGCUGUUUAGUGGACGUGGAUAUGUGGACAACACGUAAAUAUCUAAUGGAUAUUCUUGGUAGCUAUUUGGUGGACGUGGAUAUGUGGACAACGCGUGGAUAUCUAAUAGAUAUCUUUGGUAGCUAUUUGGUGGACGUGGAUAUGUGGACAACGCGUGGAUAUCUAAUAGAUGUCCUUGGUAGCUAUUUGGUGGAUGUGGAUAUGUGGACAACGCGUGGAUAUCUAAUAGAUAUCCUUGGUAGCUUUUUGGUGGACGUGAAUAUGUGGAUAACGCAUGAAUAUCUAAUAGAUAUCCUUGGUAGCUAUUUGAUGGACAUGGAUAUGUGGACAACGCAUGGAUAUCUAAUGGAUAGCUGUUUGGACAUAGAUAUGUAGAUAAUGUGUGCAUAUCCAUUAGAUAUCCCUGCUAGUUAUUCAGAAGAUAUAGAUAUUUAAGACAUCUAUUAGAUGUCUACUAGUUAUCCAUAGUAGAUAUGGACAUCAUAUAGAUAUGUAGAUAUUUAUUAGAUAUCUAUUAGAUAUUUUGUUCUGUGUGGGUGUAUUCUUACGU